GACGCGAAAAACAAAUUCCUUUCCCCUCCUCAUCCACCUUCUCCCAUGGCUAUCAAACUUAAUUUCUUCAGGUACUCAUAUAUCCAACCCUUUACAGACGCCUUCAAGGAAUAGCUAAGGAAUCGCUGUUAGGGUACGGUAACUUUGACGGGAUUUAUAGAAGAUGAUGAGGUUACAAACUUAUGCGGGGCUUAGCAUAAUAGCUACACUGGCCGUUAUUUAUCAUGCAUUUAAUAGCAGAGGCCAAUUUUACCCAGCAAUGGUUUAUUUAUCAACGUCCAAGAUCAGCCUGGUGCUUCUUCUUAAUAUGGGUCUUGUCCUCAUGUGCAUUUUGUGGCAGCUGACUAAGAAAAUCUUCCUUGGUUCCCUUCGAGAGGCUGAGGUGGAGAGGCUGAACGAGCAGUCUUGGAGGGAACUCAUGGAAAUACUUUUUGCCAUCACAAUUUUCCGGCAAGACUUCUCAGUUAUGUUUCUUGCAAUGGUAACUGCGCUCUUGCUUAUCAAGGGCUUGCACUGGUUGGCUCAAAAGAGGGUUGAGUAUAUUGAAACAACUCCAACUGUUACUACAUUAUCCCACGUUCGCAUAGUCUCCUUCUUGGGCUUUCUCCUCCUCAUAGACAGUCUCUUCUUGUACGACUCUGUCAGCUAUUUGAUACAGACAAGACAGGCAUCUGUUUCUCUAUUCUUUGCAUUCGAGUACAUGAUACUUGCGACAACAACUGUCUCAACUUUUGUAAAAUAUGUCUUCUACAUAAGCGACAUGCUUAUGGAAGGACAAUGGGAGAAGAAGCCUGUCUAUACUUUCUACUUAGAACUUAUCCGAGACUUGCUCCACUUGUCUUUGUACUUGUGCUUCUUCAUGGUGAUUUUCAUGAACUAUGGCGUGCCCCUGCAUUUGAUUCGGGAGCUUUAUGAGACAUUCCGCAACUUCAAGAUUCGAGUUGCCGAUUACAUACGCUAUCGGAAGAUCACUUCAAAUAUGAAUGACCGUUUUCCAGAUGCUACACCAGAAGAGCUCGAUGUAAGUGAUGCUACCUGCAUCAUAUGUCGUGAGGAGAUGACCACUGCUAAGAAACUUAUUUGUGGGCAUCUGUUUCAUGUGCAUUGCCUCCGUUCAUGGCUAGAGCGUCAACACACCUGUCCUACUUGCAGAGCCCUUGUUGUGCCAGCUGAAAAUGGGACGAAUGUGGUAGGAUCGCGACCAGAUGCUCAACAAGGCCCUGGAUCAAGUGGUGCAAGUACAUCUCAGAGUUCGCAAGCAAAUACCGUGGCAAAUAAUAAUGUUAGCCAACACCAGGCUAGACUCCAAGCUGCUGCUGCAGCAGCAGCAGUUUAUCAGAAGUCCUUUGUUUACCCUUCUGUACCAACGCUAUUGUGGUCUCCUGGAUAUGCUCCAGUUCCUCCGUCCGAUAGUCCAACAGGCAGUUCUGUCAAUGUGCACCCAGAUGGGGAGCGGGCAUCAAAUGAACAGUCACCGCAACAUCAGUUAGCAAAUAUGCCCUUUGCUCAAUAUCCACAAUGUGGUUUCCUCCCUUUUCAGUAUCCUGGUGCUAACAACCUUAGUAUUCCAAAUGCUCAACUUGAGGCCCAUAAGAUACUUUUACAGCAACAAAUUGAGGUUUUGCAAAACCAGCUCAAGCUUUUAGAGAAUCCAAACACACAGAAAUCAGCAGAUGCUGUAAGAAUUUCUGAUAGUAAGGGAAAAACAAUUUUGCCAGAGCUCUCUCAAGGACAAACCGAAGGCGCAGAAAUGUGAAGCUAGCACAACUGUAUAUUUGUCGUAAGUGCAGGCUGAAGUUUGGACGUACAGUUAGAAAUAGCAAUUGAACAAUGGAAUUUACAAGAGGUUCUGUAAGUUGUAUAAUUCUCGAGUGCUCUGGAAAGUGUUGUAUUUUAGUUCAGCAACUGACUACUUCUGUCUUCUGAUAGGAUUUCUUCUUGAGGAUCUCAAAAAUCUUGGUACUCCUUUUGAGUUUUACUUCACUUAUUAUGUGCUACACACAAUUUUCCUUAAAUAAACUUCACACUCUUGUUCGUUCUUAUUCUUCUUCUUUAGUUUUUCCCCUUAUGUGAGACAUUUCAGGGGAAAUAACAAUUUUGUUAUCCUUUUAUAACUCACACAAUGGGAAUUUAUUGCAGUUUAUCUGCCAGAGCUUAGACUAGAUGAUUUUACUCUUUCACAUACGAUAUACGGAGAAGGGCGUAGAGUACCUCUAUCGUAUGAUAAAUGGUUUAUAAAUACCCUCCGUCCAUCUAUCUGUCUGAAAAUAUAUAGGACGUUAUUUCUAUUUUUAAAUUUACCCCGCGACUAACGGAACUCCAUGUGGGCAUCUCAUUAAAUGAUGUGGCGUUCUUUCAUUUGUUCACGUGGCUCAGUGGGGCUGACAUUGUAUUUGGGUCUUUUUCGACCCAUUAAACCGAUCCGACCCACUCAUUUUACCUUAUACCCACUCUUUUAACCCUACACCCACAUAUUUUACUGUCUUCUUUCCCAAUUUAGAACCUUAUACUCGUUUUAUUUUUCCAAUCCUAUUCUUCCAACUUUGCACCUUUCACCGACAACCAGCCAUGGCUUUUUCUUCCUUAGUUCUCUGUUUUUUCUUCUAUUUUAUUUCUAUGUUUUCUAUUUUGCUCUUCUUUUUCUCCUUUUUUCUAGCAUCGAACCCAUAUUUAUUUAUCUAACUCUUUCUUGCUACUGCCGUCACUCCACACUGCCGGAGGCCCGGAGAAGGGUACAAAGUAUUAGUACAAAAGGCAACGACGGACAAAUCUCAAAAUAUUAUUGACCGGCCAGAGUUGAACCCUUCUGUUCGAGCAUCGCCUGAAAUUGUCCGUUGUUUCAAGCUAGUUUCUUGAGUGACUCGAAAAGUCUCUCAAAAA